AUGUUCUCGCGAUCCGUUCUACGUUCGUCGACCUCAUUGCGGACUGCAUCCUCCAAACCAUUCAUCAGAUCUUUCUCUUCAACACCUGCAAUCAUGGUUAAAGAAGGCGACUCCAUCCCAAACGUCGACCUCUACGAGGAUUCACCCGGCAACAAGAUCAACCUAUCCCAAGAGCUCGCUUCCGGCAAGGGCGUUGUCAUUGGCGUCCCCGCGGCGUUCUCUCCCUCCUGCUCAGACACACAUGUCCCUGGCUAUAUUGCUAGUGACAAGUUGAAGGAUGCUGGAAAGGUCUUUGUGGUCUCCGUCAACGAUGCCUUCGUGAUGAAAGCAUGGGCAAAGAGCUUGGAUGAGUCGAAGAAGAGUGGCAUUCGAUUCCUCGCCGACCCGGCUGGAGAGUUCACUCGCGCCUGGGAUGUCGAGUUCGAUGCUGCUAAGAUCUUGGGGAACAACCGAAGCAAGCGUUAUGCUGUACUCACCGAUAACGGAAAGGUUGUCAAAGUCGCGGUCGAGCCAGACAACACUGGUGUCACUGUCUCUGCUGCCGACAAAGUCCUUUAG